AUGGAAAUAGAUACAAUUGAAGCUCUCUCGCGGCAACAUAGUGCUAAGUUCAAAAUAAAGUUCAAAAUAAAGUACAAAUUUCCACCACCAUUGCUGUUUAAUUGCAGACAGUUGCCUUAUGCUAAAUUUUCAUUCCGGUUUCAGCAAUCCUUCUCAAUUAAUAACCCCUCGCAAUCGGAACUCCAUUGCGGUAUUUAAAGAUAGUCCAAACAUUAACCAAAAAUCUUCAUAGCUUUAAAAAAAAAAAAAAAAAAAAAAUCCUUUUAUUUCCCUCUGUUUUUCCUUUGCAGCACAAGUUUAUAAUUUUAGAAAACUCCCCUAUACCUUGAAUCUUAAGCAGUUCUUAAAUCUUAAGCAAUUCGGCCAGUGCUCGGUGUUCGGCAAACAGCAGACAGCCUACCGCAUACCGCUUCUGCAGAGAAAUAAUCAGGCAGCUGUAGCAUUGGAUCUCAACAUCGCGCUGCUCUUAAGCGCUGAACGCCGCUGA